AAUGUGGUGGAGUGCUGACCAGGGCAGGGUUCCACCAGAAAACAAGGAUGGUGCUUGAUGUUGACAGCUUUUACAUCAUUGCUGCAGAGUAUCUACAAUGCUCAUCCUGUGGUGCUAAGGUUAUCUCUUGGGCACAUAACAUCAUCAAUCAGCUUGGUAUUGACCAUCAAAUACGUUUUCCAUGCAUCCUGACUGCCAAGUUUGCCUGUGAUCGUAAGGUGGUAGAGCUACUGUGGCAUCGAGGCCUGGGUAACAGCAGUAGUUUGUUGCGUAGGCAGUUAGAGGAGGAGCAUGGAGAUCGCUAUCUCAAGGCGGUCCAUCAUUAUCUGACUGAGUGUCGACGAUUCCAGAGAGCAAAUCUGCCAUGUGGGCCACAAACGUUGGCAACGAGCAUGGGCAAGUCAUCAUGACAGUUCUCACUACAGGGGAAGGACAGGGUUUGAGGGAUAUGAUUGAUUGUGUGUCAUUGAUUGCUAUCGUCGUGCCAAUGUUGACCCUCCUGGACUUCAAAUGUAGACAGAGGCUGUUGUGGCGGCUCUGCUAUUGCCAAGUACUUUGAUGACUGGCCAUUCCUGCAAGUUGGACUGGAUAUUUGGCAUUUCAUGCGACGCUUAUCUUCAGGGUGUACAACUGAUGCUCAUCCCCUGUAUGGGGUUUUUAUGGGGCGUCUAAGUCAUUGCAUCUUUCGCUGGGAGGAGGAAGAUAUCUGCCUACUGAAAAACGCAAAGCGUUUGGAAAUGAUCAAACGUCAUAUUCCAAAUCCCAGCGAUUCUGAUGUAAUGCAGGCGCUCCAGAGGGAAGAGCUAGCUCUCCACUGCAGGAGAAGGACUCGUCGCGCCGAUGAGGCUGAACGUCUUAUUUUGAAACUGAUCAGUUCCAUGGAUGGUGACAAGGGCCUGGAUAUUCUUGGUGUGCCCCUCAUCAGCACUGAGAAAAUGAGACAUUUGGCAACAGCAGAGUUGACAUGUUGGUUGUAUCCAGGACCCUGAAGCUAUCCAGUUGUACACCUGCACGGGUACAUUGGUUAAGGGAGGUGUAACACUCCCAACUUUCAGAUGCUCCAGAGGAUCGAGUCUGGAGAGUUUCCAUUUACAUAUGGCUAGAUUUAUCCCCGGUACUGUUGCCAAUGAUGUAAACUUUCAGGUUUACCUCCUUGAUGGUGUGUACAGGUGGAAUGAGGACAGAAGACGGGAUGCCUUAACCAGUAAAGGAGGAGCUGAUCCCAUCUCCUAUGAUGGUCCACUGCAGCAAGCAGUCAACAAGCUGUCGUCAGAGGUGCCGGGGAAAACAUUUUGUCCAAAUUUUGUGCCACCAAAAAAGUAUACGGCUCAGCCAUCCGGUAUGCCUCCUGUGACCUCUGCUUCUGAGCGCACCAUUGACACAACGGCUGUUUUAAGUACAGGUGUUGAACAGCUUCAAGAGUCAGGAAAGGAGAUGACCUUAUCAUGUGAGCCCACAGUUGAUGAUGUCAGAUAA